AUGAACCUGCCGACUACAGUGCUGCUGCUGCCGCUGCUUGUUACCUCCUACUGGCUGCCUUGCCUUCCAAUUGGCAUUCACGAUGGCCGAUUUGUGCGGUCCAGCAUUGAUGCCCGUCUUGUUGCUUCAACCUUGAUUUCAGUCAUUCUCUCCUCUCGCUGCUCUCUAUCGCGGCUCAGUCUGAUCCCGGAUCCGAAUUACAGACAACCACUGCACGGAACGGAGACGGGACUUGAUCGACUUGAGACGAGACCAAGCCGACCCAAUUACCAGCCGAGAGAGCCUCACAAAGUAAGGAAAGACUCACCACAACCGCACCAUGUGACGAAAGAUGAGUCGCCCUGCUUUGGCUUCAUAGCUUGCCUGCACCCUUCGGCCGCGGCCAACGCAGCAUGGCGAGACAAAAAGAAACGGGACGACAGCUUUCACAGCCGCCAUACGCGCAUCGUUGCCUUCUCUUCCCUUGCCAACAGCGUCCAUGCAGGGAGCGUUUCCCCUCGAUAUUGUCGGAGUUCGGCUGCCCUCUUUGCCGUCAUCGCCAUGUCACUGCUUUGCCCUGCUCAGCAUGCGGUUGACCCGUUUACCAUCCCUACUCCGUACUGCGUCCCCGACUCUGUGCUGAGUAUCGACGCAAUGGCCAACGGCCCAUGCUUCGGCAUCCUCGUCCCCCGGUUGAUGUCAUUUCCUGCAACCAACCUCCUGGAUCCCGCCCGAUAUCAGUCCCAGAAGCGAAAAGAGGCGACAUCACCAAGCGAGGCGGCGAUAGACAAGGCCAGGACGCCAAACCCCAGCACCAUCCCCAACCUCAGCCGGCAUACGGAGUACUGGGGUUCAACCACCCAUCACUGA